UCCCUACUGUGAGAAAAAUGGGCAAUGAGAUCUCGAGUUUCAUGGAUUUUCUGCAGCACGGAAAUCAGCCUAACGACGCCACCGGAAGAGUGGAUGAGCUUAGUGAUGUCAAAUUCCCUGAUGGAGAACUCUUGUACGACAACAAAAAGAUGCGUUGGUUUGAUGAGAAUUCAAAUAAAUGUUACAUGUUAUUUCCCAAAGCUCUCUCAAUAGAAUGGAGUUCAGACAACAGGUACUGGAAAUGGCAUUCGAAGUUAAGCAGUAGCAAUAAGACUAUUAAAAUCAUAGAGCUUCUAAACGUGUGUUGGCUUGAAAUCAAUGGGAAGAUUAAGGAAUCUGACCUCUCACCAAACACAUUGUACGAGGCAGUAUUUGAGAUCAAGAUCACAGAGGAUGCGUACGGAUGGAACGUUCCAGUUACCAUCAGCCUCACGGAGCCAGAUGGGAAAAUCUAUAAGAAUAAAGUAACAUUGAAGGAAAAGAAAAAAGCUGAGUGGGUGAAGAUACCGAUAGGCGAAUUCAAGGUUGUUCCUGACAAGUCUGGCGACGGCGAGAUCAAGUUUAGCAUGUAUAAAUAUGGAGGACACUGGAAGAGGGGGAUGAUCCUCAAAGGUAUUGUCAUUGAACCAAAGGUGAACAAAAAUAAAACAUCACAUUAACCGAACUUGAUGUGAUGUGGUGUAUGUAUCUCAACUAAACAUUCAUAGCCUGAGUUUGGAAAACAAUGUAAGCAGAAUAUGAAACAUCCUCAAGUUGAAACUAUUAUUAUUAUUUGGAAAGGGAAACAGCGAAAAAUUAUGGCUC